AUGCUUCGGGUAUUGGCAUUGGCAUUAUUAUGCGGGGUGGCGAGUGCUCAUAUUGCUGGGAUCAGAUCUGAAGCUCUGAAGGGACAGGAGCCGACAAAGGAGAAAAUUGUUGCGGCGAACGGGUGCCCUGAUGGCUGGGAUGCAUAUUUCGAUACGGAUACCUGCGUCCAGGCCUUCACCGCCAAACUCGACUAUUUCAAUGCCGAGAUGUCGUGCAAUCAGGAAAAUGGUCAUUUGGUGUCGAUCCACAACGGCUUCCAAAAUGCCCAAGUGCUAGCCGCUGCCCAGACCUCGUUCACCCAGUGCCGAUAUUGGGUUGGUGCCAACCGCUUCGGAUCCACAAAUUCCCUGGCCGGACGUGCCGAUCAAUGGACGAGCUGGUCAUGGGUGGAUAAGACCGAAUGGAACUAUGCUAGUUGGAAACCUGGCUUCCCCGACAAUGGUACCAGCGCUCCGGAUUGCGCGUUUAUGGAUGUUGAGUCCGGUAACGCUCGCUGGGCCAACAACGGCUCGUGUGCCGAGAAAAACUGCUAUGUCUGUCAGAAGCCGAAGAAUGGAAUGACGACCAUGGCACCGAUGACGACGGGAACCUGGAUGCCCACAAUGACUCCUCCACCGUACACUAACCCUACGACACCAUAUUGGUACACAACCCAGUAUCCAUGGAAUACCACUCCGAAUGGACGGACAACCUGGGCACCCUGGGGCACGACGCCUAAUCCAUGGAUGACGACGUCGUACGUUCCAUGGUUCUCGACGAACAACCCGUGGGCCUACACUACUUCCACGGCAGCACCCCAGACUGGCGAUACUGGCUAUUGGGACUGGACGACUCUACCACCUUGCCCCACUACUACUACUGACUAUCCAUGGUGGACGACGCCCUUCCCCAAGAACUCAAAACAAGCUGAGCAAAUGAACACGCCAAUGCCCUGCAAUCCGGCGAUUCCCAAUUCAAAUCGACAGAAAUCCCUCAAAAGGCUGAGCCAACUGCUUCGUGGGAGAAAACAC